AUUAUUGAAUAUAUAAAAAAGUAUGGAUUUCAAAGUUAAAAGAAAAUCAACCAAAACUCCAGCAACAGGUAAUCAAUUCGAACUCUAUCCACAUGACUUACAAUUGUACAAAAUUCCACCGGUUGAAAACAUCACUUUACAAGAAUUUGAAACAUUAGCUCUGGAGCGUGUAAAUUUGUUAAGAACGUUGUCUACAGCUACAACUCUUCGAGGGUUGCGUUUAAAUUCAGAAGAAUUUGUGGAGUUCGUACUAAACGAUUUACGAACACAAGGUUUGAAAUAUUAUGCUAAAUUGUGUGAGAAAUCGGGUUGUGGAUCUACUAAAGCAGAUUUUGAAGCGCGAAGAAAAGAUCACAUUGCUCAUUUUAUACUCCGACUUGCUUAUUGUCGGACUGAAGAGUUGCGACGUUGGUUCAUCGCAAGGGAAUUGGAACUAUUCAAAAUGAGAUUUGCUGUCAUGAGAGGCGAAGCGGUAGAGGUAUUCUUUAAACUAAACAAUCUAUGUUACACUACUAUUUCUGAGGAUGAAAAAAACGAAGUAAUACAAAACUUAAUAGAAUCUACACCUUACUCUAAAAUAGACAAUAUGAAAUUCUAUAAAGUUAAAUUCUUUGAAGUUCUAGAUUUGGUUAAAGCAAGAAAAGUCUUUCUUAAUGGUGGAUACGCUUAUAUACCUCAUAGAGAUUUCAUAUCAGUUCUUGCAGCACAGUAUCGAACACAUUUAAAACAAAAUUUGGCCAAAGCUUGCCAUCAUCUGUGUGAAAUUGAACAAGAUGAACGACUUGUUUGUUUGUUAAAAGGCUUACAUCAAUCUUAUUCAGGUAAUGAUUAUUCUGAAACUAAAGCUGUGAUACCCAUAGAAAGCUUGGACUCUAUUUCAACCAAGUCAUUUCCUCUGUGUAUGAGGCAACUUCAUGAACAAUUAAGAAUUGCCCAUCACUUAAAACAUGGGGGCAGGUUACAGUAUGGCUUGUUCUUAAAAGGUAUUGGUGUGACACUGGAAGACUCUUUAAGGUUUUGGAGGGAAGAAUUCAUUAAGAUCAUGGAUUUGGAUAAAUUUGAAAAGCAAUAUGCUUAUAAUGUUAGAUACAAUUAUGGAAAAGAAGGAAGCAAAAGGAAUUAUUCACCAUUCAGUUGUCUGAAGAUUAUAAAUACCAAUGUUGGUCCUGGAGAUUGUCAUGGAUGUCCAUUCAGACACUGUGAUACUGGUGUUCUAAAGAAUAAACUUAUUGGCUAUGGUUUUAGUCAUCAAGUUGUUUCUGAGAUGGUGGAGUUGAGCAAGAAAACACAUUUCCAAAUUGCCUGCAGUAAAUAUUUUGAUGCCAUCCACAAUGCAGAUGUUGGUUUAGGUAUCAAUCAUCCUAAUCAGUUCUUUGAGGAGAGUCAGAAAAUAUUGAAAGGAGAAUUGAAAGUACAACCCAAGAAAGAAAAUCUUGUAAAGAAAGAUAUUGUUGACAGCAUAGAUGUUAUGGAUUUUGAUGAGCCACUGGAAUGAUCUAACACAACAGAAAUAAAACUUAUUUCAUAUUGCAAUAGUUCAUUUAUUAUUUUUGCUUAACAUACAUAG